AACCAGAGUUAGAAGAAUAUCAGUAGGGGGGAGCCUCUUCAUCUGUCUUCUUCUUUCCUUCUCCUUCUUCUUCGCCUCGUCCUCGCACUGUGAAUUUCUAGAGAGAGAGAGAGAGAGAGAGAGAGAGAUGUCGGACGAGGAACAUCACUUCGAGUCGAAGGCAGACGCGGGCGCGUCCAAGACGUACCCGCAGCAGGCCGGCACCAUCCGCAAGAAUGGCUACAUCGUCAUCAAGAAUCGCCCCUGCAAGGUUGUAGAAGUUUCCACCUCAAAAACUGGCAAACACGGACAUGCUAAGUGCCACUUCGUGGGGAUUGAUAUCUUCAAUGGGAAGAAACUUGAAGAUAUUGUUCCUUCGUCCCACAACUGUGAUGUUCCUCAUGUUAAUCGCACUGACUAUCAGCUCAUUGAUAUCUCUGAAGAUGGUUUUGUCAGUCUUUUGACUGAAAAUGGAAACACCAAGGAUGAUCUGAGGCUUCCCACCGAUGACAGUCUGCUUAGCCAGAUUAAAGAUGGGUUUGCUGAAGGAAAGGACCUUGUGGUGUCAGUCAUGAACGCAAUGGGAGAGGAGCAGAUCUGUGCUCUCAAAGAUAUUGGUCCUAAGAACUAAAAUGAAUCACUACUGUUCUAUCAGCCAGUCAUGGCAGCAAAACUUUUUAAUGUUGCUAACAGAGUUUUCUUACAUUCCUAAAUCUUAUUCUAGCCGUGUGAUUGUAAUGAUGAGGAGUGAUGAAUCCGAUGAUAGUAAUGGCAAGAGGUACUACUAAUCCUCUCUGCCUGUACCUCUGUUGUAAAACCUUGCUCUCCCUGUGAAGAGGAUUACGUGGUUUAAUGUCUUAUAUCCUGUCUUCAUUCUCAA